AUGUCCCACUUCCGCACACACCUCACGGUCCUCGAUGAAAGCGCCGCUCUCUACCCCACGGCCAAUGCCUUUUACAUUCCGCUAGUCGACUCCGAGUCCAGUCUCAUACGAGAAUGGCAGGCUAUCUCUUACCGGCAAUUCCAACGAGACGUUGAGCACACCGCGAGGUUCUGGCGAAAGAAGCUUACGGCGGAUGGCGUUCAGUCCCGCUCCGUCAUCGGCAUGUGGCUGGGUGGAUCGACAUAUGUGGACGCCCUCCAUAUAUACGGCAUUGCAAGAGCCGGAUACGUUCCUCAGCUGAUUUCCCUGCGACUGCCGAACAUCGAUGUCAUUUUCGAACUGCUCGCUCAGUCCAAGGGCAAGGCACUCAUCUACGAUCAUUCAUUCAGCUCCAUCAUUCGUAGCGGCUCUGUGCCUACACACGUUGCUGUUGAUGCCCGAGAGUCCGAGGUUGCAGACGUAACGCUACCGCCCUCGAUACCCGAGGGUGUCCAGGCCGAUGACCCGGUCAUGAUCUUACACACAUCUGGGUCUACCUCGGGCCGACCAAAACUUGUGCCGUGUAGUUAUUCCUGGUGGAACAACACCAUUACAAAAGCCGAGGGAAUAAUGAAGCGGAAGCAGUACGUCAAGCGGCCGCAGGACGUCACCGUCUGGAUGGGCAGCCUGUGUCAUAUGGGACAAUCAUUCAUGCUUGUCGGAGCGCUCGCAAAUGGAAAUUGUAUGGUCCAAUUCACCAAACAGGCCUUUUCCUCCGAGGAGCUGCUGGACAUGGUGACUCGCUGCGGUCUUAGCCGGAUCACGAUCUUCCCAACAUACCUCGCCACUCAUUUCCGCAAUUCUCGCCGCGACCCCAAAGUCCUUGCUGCGCUGCAGGGUCUCGACGAGAUCCUGAUCUCAGGGUUGUCGAUGUCAGUAGAGGAUCAGCGCUGGGCGCGUAGCAACGGGAUCCGGGUACUUGACUGUUACGCCAGCACGGAAGUCGCCGUUAUGAUGCUCUCUCGCGGUGAGCAGCUCGAAGACAGGCUUCCGCCUCUGCAACCCAUCGAGGGCGUGUCAUAUUCCUUCCAACCCAUCGCGGCGCCUGCUUCCACAUCGGAGAGCGGCUACACGAACAUGCACUCACGGCUUGUGGAGCUCGUUGUGCUCGCCGACUCUCCCGAUUGCCCUGACCGAUCCCUUCGUGCCGCCGACGGGCAUUUCCACACCGGCGAUCUCUUCCUAGAGGUAUCACCGCAGCGAUACGUGUUCUGCGGUCGCGAUGAUGAUUGGAUCAAGACCGAGGUCUCGCUGCGCUGCGACACGCGAGCCAUCGAGGACAACGUCUACAAAAUUUGCGGUGACCUCAUCGGCAAUUGCGUUGUUGUCGGCAACGGGCGGCCAUCGCCUUCGGUGUUCGUGGAACCUGCCGUGGUGGAUAUGACGGAGCAGAGGCUCAAGACCGAGAUCAUGCGUCGGAUCCUCCCCUUCCACUCGAGGCGAUACAUACACGAGCGGGUCGCUUCCGCCGAUUUCAUCUUCGUGGUGCCGAAAGACACCCUCCCACGCACAGCCACCAAGGGGAAUAUUCGGCGGCGUGCUGUCGAGCAAACAUUCCAAGCCGAGCUUGAUCGUGCCUACGCGCAAUCACGGUAA